AUGGAUUUUUCAACUGGGUUGAAUUUGAGAUUGCAAUUGAAAUCACCACUAUCACAGAGUUUCCUGUGUUCUUCUCCAACCCAUUUCACCUACAGCUCCAAUUCAAUCCCUUUCACCAAAAAGUUUGCUUCUUUUUCCACAAUCAUGGCUACUUCUGCUGCAUCAGCGGCAAAGCCAAUCGCUUAUGGUUUCAAGACGUUGUUAGAAACUUUCACUGUUGAUGUUCAUAGAGCAGAGAAUAGACCACUGAAUGUGCCCUUGAUUUCACCUUUUACAAUAGCUUCUUCAAAAUUGGAGAAAGUAGAGAACGUUGCUAUUAGAGUUGAAUUGAGUAACGGUGCUGUUGGGUGGGGUGAAGCACCGAUUUUGCCUUUUGUUACUGCAGAGGAUCAACACAUAGCUAUGGUUAAAGCUUCUGAAGCUUGUGCUUUCUUGCUGAAAUGUCCUGCAUUAACAUUGGGUUCUAUAUUGGGGAAAAUUGGUGAUAUUCUUCCGGGUCAUCAAUUUGCUUCAGUUAGGGCUGGAGUGGAGAUGGCAGUAAUCGACGCUGUCGCGAAUAGUAUUCGUGUACCGUUGUGGAGGCUUUUUGGUGGCGCGUCAAAUACCAUAACCACGGAUAUAACAAUCCCAAUUGUUUCUUCAGUUGAAGCAGCUGAAUUGGCUUCUAAGUACUAUAAACAAGGGUUUAAGACUUUAAAGCUGAAAGUGGGAAAGAAUCUGAAUGCAGAUAUAGAAGUGCUUCAAGCGAUACGUGUUGCUCACCCCGAGUGUCAGUUUAUUCUCGAUGCUAACGAAGGGUAUAACUCUGACGAAGCAGUGGAAGUUCUUGAGAAAUUACACGAAAUGGGGUUGACCCCUAUUCUAUUUGAGCAACCAGUUCACAGAGAUGAUUGGGAUGGUCUUGGUUAUGUGAGUAACAUAGCGAGAGAAAAAUACGGAGUAUCUGUUGCGGCUGAUGAGAGUUGCAGAAGUUUAGUUGAUGUUUACAGAAUAGUUGAAGGGAAUAUCGUAGAUGUGAUUAACAUCAAGCUUGCUAAAGUUGGAGUUAUAGGUGCAAUGGAUAUUAUUGAAAAAGCAAGAUCAGCAGGAUUGGAUUUGAUGAUUGGUGGUAUGGUUGAGACAAGACUUGCUAUGGGAUUUGCUGGCCAUCUUGCUGCUGGCCUUGGAUGUUUUAAGUUUAUUGACCUAGACACGCCACUUCUGCUAUCAGAUGAUCCAGUUCUUGAAGGCUAUGAAGUUUCAGGUGCCACUUAUACAUUCACAAAUGCUAGGGGACAUGGUGGAUUCCUUCAUUGGGACAACCUUGCUUAG